CAUCCCCACCCAAUCGACUUACAACAUAAUUCGCAAUCAAGGCGGUCGCAGGACAUUAUGACUGGGUCAGUUCCUAUUCCUUACUAACCAAUACUUUUCCUCGUUCUUUUCACAUACAUUUUUGUAUUGACAGGUCGUGCGUACCCGCCUUUUCGCUCAUUUUUAUAAACCAAUUUUCAAUUAAUUAAAAGAAAUGGGUGACGUAGAAAAAGGAGCUAAAGUAUUCCAAACCAAAUGCUCUCAAUGCCACACUGUAGAGGCGGGCGGCAAACACAAAGUUGGACCUAACUUACAUGGUUUAUUUGGUCGUAAAACCGGCUCAGCUGCUGGUUAUUCUUACACUGAUGCCAACAAACAGAAGGGAAUCACAUGGAAUGAACAAACAUUAUUCGAGUAUUUAGAAAACCCUAAGAAAUACAUACCUGGUACCAAAAUGGUGUUUGCUGGCAUCAAGAAAGUAGAUGAAAGAAACAAUGUUAUUGCUUAUUUGAAAAAAGCUACCGCGUAAUGUCAGUAUUUGUGACAAUACUAUAAUAGAUUAAAUUAUGAGUAAACCA